GCAUAACCCCCCUUUUUUGGUGCCACAGGUGCUGAUCCCCGGCUGCUCCCCAGCGUCCUCCUCCACUGGCAGGGUCGGGGCGGCCUCAGCUCCACCGGGGCCCCGCAGCCAUGUCCACCUUCCGGCAGGAGAGCGUGGAGGACUUCUAUGAGAUGGGGGAAGAGCUGGGCAGCGGCCAGUUUGCCAUCGUACGGAAAUGCCGGGAGAGGAAAACGGGUCUGGAAUACGCAGCCAAAUUCAUCAAGAAGCGCCGACUGUCGUCCAGCCGCCGGGGCGUGAGCCGGGAGGAGAUCGAGAGGGAGGUGGACAUCCUGAGGGAGAUCCAGCACCCCAACAUCAUCACCCUGCACGACAUCUUCGAGAACAAGACGGACGUGGUGCUGAUCCUGGAGCUGGUCUCGGGUGGCGAGCUCUUUGAUUUCCUGGCCGAGAAGGAGUCCCUGACGGAGGAGGAGGCCACCCAGUUCCUCAAGCAGAUCCUGGACGGGGUGCACUACCUGCACUCCAAGCGCAUCGCCCACUUCGACUUGAAGCCGGAGAACAUCAUGCUGCUGGACAAGAACGUGCCAAACCCUCGCAUCAAACUCAUCGACUUCGGGAUCGCCCACAAGAUCGAAGCUGGGAAUGAAUUCAAGAAUAUAUUUGGGACGCCGGAGUUUGUAGCCCCAGAAAUCGUGAACUACGAGCCCCUGGGGCUGGAGGCUGACAUGUGGAGCAUCGGGGUCAUCACUUACAUCCUGUUGAGCGGAGCCUCCCCUUUCCUGGGGGAGACAAAGCAAGAGACCCUGACCAACAUCUCUGCUGUCAACUACGACUUCGACGAGGAGUAUUUCAGCAACACCAGUGAGCUGGCCAAGGACUUCAUCCGCCGCCUGCUUGUCAAGGACCCCAAGAAGCGGAUGACCAUCGCUCAAAGCCUGGAACACCCUUGGAUUAAGGUGAUCAAGAGGAGGAACGUCCGCAACGAGGACAACAGCAAGAAGCCCGAGCGCCGCCGCCUGAAGACCACGCGCCUGAAGGAGUACACCAUCAAGUCCCACUCCAGCAUGCCACCAAACAACACCUACAUCAACUUCGAGCGCUUCUCCAAGGUCAUGGAGGAGGUGGCCGCAGCUGAGGAGAGCCUCCGAGAGCUGGAGAGGAACAAGAAGUCCUUCCAGGAGGACAUCGAGGCCCUUCUGUCCAUCUAUGAGGAGAAGGAGUCGUGGUACAAGGAGGAGAAUGAGAGCAUCAGCCAGGACCUCCGCCAGAUCCGCCAGGAGCUGCAGAAGACAGAGGCCCUGAAGAAGCAGGCGCAGGAGGAGACCAAGAGCAUGGUGCAGGUGGCCAACGGCCUCAAGAGGCGUUACCGAAAGCUGGAGAACCACUACGAGGCCUUGGCCAAGCAGGUGGCCUCGGAGAUGAAGUUUGUCCAGGAGCUGGUGUGGUCCAUUGAGCGGGAGAAGCUGCAGAGCGGGGAGGGAGACGGCAGCAUCCGCUAAGCUCAGCCGGUGCCGGGGUCUUCUGCCCUUGGGCUGAGCUUGGGGGGUCCUUCCCAACUGCCCCACAGUGACCCGGAGCCCUGAAGGGACCUUGGUGGCUCUGCCCCUUGCUCUCCCAAGGAGCUGCUCCACUGACACCCUUCGGUGAGUGUCCCCAGGCGCUGCUGGCCUUGCGGUGGGAUGUGGGGGGGCUUGUGCCUCCCUGGAGACCUUCCCUCGGGGGGGCCUGAGUUGUGCCCACCUGGGUUGUGGCUUCUUGCCUGCGGCUCUUGCUUGCCUUGCCGUCUGCGUGCUCCCCGUGGCUCCCUCUGUCCCCUCCCUCCUUGCCGCAGGGCUCUGGGACCAGUUGUCCCCUCUCUGUCCCACCCAGGGCCUGGGUCUCGGAGCGCCCUGCCCUGGGGGGGGUCUUGGUGGGGGAGACCCCUCCUCUAAACCCUCGCAGCUGCUCAGUGUCCGCCACACGCGAGCUGUGACCAAGGGGUGAUUCCUGCAUGGCCCGUCACGCCGUGGGUGGCCUGUGGGUGGCCCAUGGGUGGCCCUGGCUGUCCCCUCCUCACCCCGGGCCAUCACACCCCCCUGCUCCUCACCCCAGCCCUUGGUCCCACCAGGAACUCCCUCUUUUAACAAAAUAAAGGUUUCCGUGCAGCGGG